AUGUUGCAAUACAAUGCCACUCAAAUGUUCAUCGAGGCAUUCGACAGUGUCGCCAACAACUACCCACACAACAACAAACUGCUUCAAAGUGCACUACUCUACAACAAUGCAACUGUAUUCAAACAUCUUUGUAAUCACCCAAACAUGUUGGUGGACCUUAGAGUGGAUACAGAAGACCUCCUGUCCAAACUAUGUCAACUUGGCAACUUGGACAUGCUCAAACAAUACCUCAUAGUCUAUCCCUAUCGUCCAUUCCCCGACAGCAUUAUGGCACAUCUAUGCAAUGCCGUUAACACUGGCAACGAACAGUUUGUUCGUCUGCUGCUCCAACACAUCACAAUCGAUCCCGUUGUCGCCAAUGAGUUGGUGAGAGCAACCCAUUUCAAACGAGAUGCAGUCAAGGUUGGAAUGCUCAAAGUGCUACACGAGGAGUUCAACUAUCUAUUUAGUUUCACUAGCUUAUGGGAGCAAGCACUCUUCAGUUCAAUCAGGUGUAAUAUGUUGGACAGUGUUCAAUAUAUCAUGGCUGGCGUGCCAUCCUCAUUGAAUGAAAAAACCUUCACCAAUUGUCUUAAGCUCUGUGCUCAAAAAUGCAACAUCGACAUAUUCCAAGUGUUAAGCUCGUCUGUAGUUGGUUCCAAACAACUGAAGGAUUGUGAUCUUGGAGAAAUGGUCAGACAGGCACGAGAUCGUGGACAUGAAUCAUUCAUCAAACAUCUCUUUGAUCAUCAUGUUGGCAACGACACCAUCACUGAGAACUCCGAGAAGCACAUUCGACAGGCACUGGAGUUGUCCACAACUAAUAGAGAGGACACCACAAUGUCCACCCAGGUCUAUUCUGAUCACCAUGCCACGCUGAGGGAAGCGAUCAACAAGGAUGACAUUUUGGGAGUGGAGUCUUUUAUACAUAAUUGUUGCUACAUUCAUUUGGACCAAAUAACCUGCCAAAAAAUGUCAGAGCCCAUGGCAAGAUUGCUCAGUAGUCCUCGAACACCUACACUGGUCUUCAAAGACUCAAUAAUCAACAUGAUCAAGGCCGUUCGCAAGCCAGGCAGCAACAUCAAUGUGGACAUUGUGUGUCAGUUUAUUGAUAACUGUGAACAUGAUUCACACCAGGAUUACGACUUUGAAGACGAUGGACAUUUAAUGUAUGCAAUGAUGGAGGCCGCUAGAUUCUCAUCGACAUUGAUGCGCAAGAUCAAGGUUCGAUUCAAUAUUCGAUACGACAAGCAAUGUUUGGAAGAGGCACUUUAUUCAAAGUGUCGUGAGACAAUAGAGGUAUUGUUUCAAGAAAUGGAUCAUGGUCAGAUCGUUGAUGCCAAGAGUAUAAUAUUCAAUAUCAUUGGUGAAGAGUCAGGAUCAUUGGAUGAGAUCAAAUUCAUUCUGGAUCACGUGCCGGUUGAGAUAAGGAGCGACCCAAAGAUCUGUGAAUAUGUCAUGUACAAUAAUGAUGAUAAAGUGAUUGAACAAGUCAUUGACAUGUUUACACCAGAGCAAUUGGACGACAAGGCGUUGAGUAGUAUCUUCACAAUGGCAAUGAUGAAGAACAAACUACACAUUGUACAGUCACUUCAACAACGAUUCGUAUCGAAUCGAUCAUCCAAUACUCUUGUUGAUCGACCUUCGCUCUUGACACUCAGAAUUAUGGUAGAUAACAAUUCCCACAACACACUAGAGUACCACCUCAAGUCAGUGACAUUCGCCAAAAUUCCAAUCAUCAAUCGUUUGCGAACCAUUCAUUCAAUCAUGGAGAGUGCUUAUAACCUUGGAAUGACCAGAGUGAUCAAACUGUGCACUGAUCAGAUCAAGGCCAUCUCAACGACAACACCAAUCAUUACCCAACAGUAUGGUUCAACAAAGAUCAUUGGGUGGUUAUGCUCAUUCACUAACUCAUUCUUUCUCAAACAGAUAUAUUGA